CACAGUCAUGCGUUUUAGCCACGACCCGGCACAUUUCCAGCUCUGCGCAAACAGCUCCACCAUGUUCGAGGCCGACGAGUCCGGCGCCGCGCACGGCGAGCAGAUGACCGACAUGCGCUCCCCGAGUUCAGGGCCUUCCAGCCCGCAGUCCGUGAACUCGGACUCCAGCUGCACCAGCCCCGAGACCAAGUCUGCCUCCGCGCAGGUGAGGGUGAGGAGGCCGCUCAACGCCUUCAUCAUCUGGACCAAAGAGGAGCGACGGCGACUGGCGCAGCUCAACCCAGACAUGGAGAACACGGACCUCAGCAAAAUACUUGGAAAGACCUGGAAGGCCAUGUCCUUCGCCGAGAAGCGUCCCUACAUGCAGGAGGCCGAGCGCCUGCGCGUCCAGCACACCAUCGAUUAUCCCAACUACAAGUACAGGCCGCGCAGGAGGAAGCAGUUGAAGAAGAGCUCCAGACCUCAGAGCGCCGAGGCGUCGCUGCCUUCGCUGUGCAGCUCGGGCCUCACAACGAUGCCCUACAACCUCCACUACCUGCUCCAGAACCAGCAGCAGAACUUCCCAAACUCGCCCGCCUUCCCGAAUAACUUCACCCCUCUGUACAACAGCUACCAGAACAACCCAGUUUUCACAGACGCAACAGCAGCACCGGCGACCGACACCUUCUCACAUAAGCUGUACCCGAGUCCACCUGUGUAUCCUGCAGAGCAGCAGCUGCACCAACACCAGAACCUGCAAUGCUGUUACUCUGCAGGGCCUCACAUGGAGCAAGGGGAGUCCAGGUUCUACGGGGGCCCACUGAGUCCCGCUGGGCCCCCGCUGGAGUUUUACCUGGAGCGGGUUCAGAUGGACAUGUUGUACGAUCUGGACCGCAGCGAGUUUGAACAGUACCUCGGUCCUUCAGCACAGAGGCCCGAGUCCGUGGAUCCCAGCAGUUACCAUCAGCAGAGCAGCCACAGAGAGGGACGAGCAGUGUCCUGA